AUGGCUUCUAUGCUGGGGAUUGCCAAUCGCAAGCACCGUCCUUCCAUCAUCAAGAGAAUCAAGAGAAAGCAGCAGCAGAACCUGACUCAUGUUCAUUAUGCCGAAGAUGCCAAACAGAAGACCGAUGGCGAGAAGCUGGCGUGGAAGCUCAAGAGAGCCAAGGAUGAGCUGGGAACUGGGAAUACAUUGAAGUUCGGCCAAUUCGGCUCCAGAACUACUACUUCGAAGAAGAUUCGUGAAGAGCAGGUUCUUCUGGAACUCCAGAGCUCGAAGGAAUGGCAGUCGGCGUCGGAAAUGGAGCAGAAGACCAUGGAGCACGAAGCGGUCAUGAGACUUGCGGACCAUCACUACAAGCAACUCAAGCUUGUCUUCGAAGUUGAGAAGCGGCGCGAGAUUGAUCCAACCGAUGAUUUCGAGGCGAAGAAGCUGGCGCUGGAUGAGAUGGAACACAGUGAGGACAAGACAGAUGCGUGGCUCACGGGUGUCUAUGGUUGUUGA